CUUGGAUCCACUUAUGGCCUCUUAGUAUGGAACUUUAGGAGGUUGAUGUACUACAGGCUCAUUUAUAUUGGGUGAAUUCUUUAAGUGUCCUGACAUUGACCUCGAAAAUUACAUUAAACCCUUCUAAACCACUGAUGAUUAACAUGUUAUUGAAGUUAAUCGACCAGUUCCAUGACAAUAUACAGGCAGUGUCCCAUUCAGUUUCGGUCGCGGCCGUAAUCAUGGCAACAUGCAGCCUUUUGAUCGUCAAAUGUAGACUUCAAUACAUACCAUACGGACUGAUCGAUAUUUACGUGUUACAAACAUUUCAGUAGGUAUAAAUAGAGCUCUCUCAUUUUAAUGAAACAAUCAAUACAUCAAAACACAAUACAUCAAACACUUUCAAGAAGUUCCAGUACAAUCUUACCAUCACGAAAAAUACGCAUUACAACAAGUACAUACAGCCAUCUAUAACAGAAAUGUCCCGUAAAACCUUUAGAUAUUCCCAAUCCCAGGGGGGUUACCAAGAAAGUUCAUCUGGUGAGUACGACGCAGAUCAUGAGAAAAUCACCACAUACUCCCAAGACGGCAGAACCAAGAAAUGGGUACGUGACAUAAAUGGUAGAUACGACAAGGCAGGAAAGGCAGUUGAAACUUAUAAGUACUGCGCAGCCGAUAGAGAAUAUCGUCGACAUGUUGGUGGUGCCUACGAUAAAAAUGGAAAGGAAGUAUCCAAUCUCACAGCAGGAGUAAAUAGCCAGCGCAGUGCGGCAACUAGAACUCCAUCUGGACCAAGUGCCUCGAGCUCAAGCUCAAGACCUCGUACAGAUACUAGACCAAGUGCUUCGAGCUCAAGCUCAAGACCUCGUACAGAUACUAGACCUUCAUCUGGACCAAAUGCCCUGAGCUCAGGUUCACGAUCUCGUACAGAGCCUCAAAGUGUUCCGGCAGCAGGUAACUCAGGUGGACGAACUCUUACUAGAGCGGAGAUUCAGAGACAAGAAUUGGAAGAUGCCCGAGCUACAGAGCAUUACAACAACGAUGAAGCACCACCAUCUUACCGUCCUCGUGGCCACGUUGAAAUCGAUCGUAAUAACCCACUAUAUGUAGCGCAGGGCGUUCGGGGAAAUCAACAGGUUCCCGGAUACAGCUCAAAUGCGCCUUCUUUACCCGGACCAACUGGUCAGACGUAUGCUCUCGGACGCGGAAAUGCCCCGCACAUGGAAACUUUUGGCGGCAGACACAAUCCUAAUGCUCCCUUGGACUACUCAAGUGGCGACGCGAACGGUCGACGUGGAAACAGAAUGAGUAGUAGCGAUGAAGCGGGAUAUAGUUCGAAUUCGCAAGAUGUGUUCAAUAUGUCUGGAUUAUCGGAAGGAUUAUCAUCAGAUAACGCGGAUAGGAAUACGCAUAAGAGUGUUUCUUCCAGAAGUCAAGAUACGGGAAAGGUAAAACAGGGAGUUAAAGAGGGAAAGAAACCAGUGCAAUCGGUGGAAAAGAAGCAUAGACAAACGCCAAGUUCGGGCUCGGACUCAUUCGCUGAUUCGGAGAACUCUCACCCGCAAGCUCGUCGGGCAGGUGUCUCGGGUCGUGAGAGCGGAAGAUCGGGAGCUGGUGGGAGUGGCAGUGGAGCUCGCGAGAGCGGAAGAUCGGAGCGUCGUCAUGGUGAUAGUGGAAGGAAUAGGGAAACGAGUCGACAACGUGCGGAUCGUAAGAAAAAAGAAGCUGAUGCUGAUGCUGCUGCUGCUGCUAAAAGGGGCCAUCGUGCACAUAAACAACAAUCGAGCGAUGAUGAAUUAUACCGCUAGUCUGAUUAGUACUUAUCACUUGAUGUACACUAUUCGGGGUACAUGAGGUGUUGGAGUGGUGAGUUUUGGUUUGGUUUGUCUUUGUCUUUCUUGUUUGGGAAGUUUGUUUGGGACGGAGUAUGGAGUAUGGAGUUGGGA